AUGAAAAUUAAAGAUUUGAUUUAAGUUAGUCAAAAGAACAUGACUAAUAAUGGGAAUAUUAAUUUGAAUCUUAAUACUGAAUAUUAGGUAAAGGUUACAUUUGACAUGUAAGAUCAGAAUAAUAAGAACUUGAGACAUCAAUAUUCAAUUAAUAAUAAUUUAUAAUAGUAGGAUAGACUACGUGAAACUUAGACUAGACUGAUGUUGGAAUAAAUGCCAUCCAAUAGAAUGAUCACUCCUGGAUAUAGAUUAUCACUCAAACCAAAAGGAGAUGUAAGUGAUCAAAUAGACUCACAUCUUGUAGAACAAAUUAGACAACUUAACACUUUAGGAAUUGCUAAUACAUACAAUAAUCCGAAAUUUGAUGAUUUUCUAGGUCAUUUAACAAAAUACAACGAACUAAAUUUAGAAGUGUAAGAAUGUACAAUUAAAUAAAAUGAAUUGAGAAUUAAGAAAUAGGAGAAGCAAACGUUUUUUAAAAUAUUACAAAAAAAUGAGAAGCCUUAAGAUUAGAAAGCUGAACAAUUCAUAACAUCUGACGACGUAGAUAAAUUGAGAAGAGCUAAUGAUACAAAGACUAUUACACUUAAGAAAUUGAAAUACCAAAAGGCAGUGUAUAUGUUAAUGCCUUAAUUCCCAUAAAAAAUAACUUAACAUUAACCUAAAUAUUUAGUGUGA